AUCUAUAAAAAACUAUUCUCGAUGCUUGUUAAGAGGAAAAAAAACCUUUGGUGCUUCUGUUGUGAAUGUGAAACAUUAUCUUCCAGCUGUACAGUGACACAUUUUUUUAAGGAGAAAAGGACUCCUGAUCCGUUUGCCAAAAGGGGGGUGGGGAGGUGGAAUAAUGUUAUCGAGUGAUUAUUCUGGCUGAGAUGUGUUAUUUGGUUUCUUCCUUCUUGAUCAUUUGGUGUUUAAGUAAAAUGAGGCACAGGCUUGUUUGCCGAGUGGAGUGGGAAAGGCAUUUUGAUUUGCUGGCCUAAUUAAAAAAUGAUAAAGGAUUAAAGGAAAAGGUGGACCGGGACUAAAGGGUGUAAAAUCCCUGGACACAUUCCUGGGGCAGGAAAAAGAAGAGGAAGAUUAGAAGAUUUUUUUUUUUUUUUUUUUUUUUUUAAGAGAAAGCCCAGCGGAGCUAAACGGAUGUCCCCUCAUCUCCAAAGGAAAGUUCAUCGGAUUUUUAUACUAGAGAGCUCAUCUUCAGGAUGUCAGUGAACAUUUCUACUGCAGGAAAAGGUGUGGAUCCAAAUACGGUUGAUGCUUAUGACAGUGGUGAUGAUUGGGAAAUCGGGGUUGGAAAUUUAAUAAUCGAUUUGGACGCUGAUUUGGAGAAGGACAGACAGAAAUUUGAGAUGAAUAAUUCCACCAACACGCCUAGCAGCAGCAACUCGAAGGAUUGCGGAGGUCUGGCCUCCAGCGGGGCCGGUGCUACCGCAGCCUUAGCUGAUGGCCUAAAAUUUGCUUCUGUUCAGCCUUCUGCUCCCCAGGGGAAUUCACACAAAGAGACCAGCAAAUCAAAAGUGAAAAGGAGUAAAACUUCUAAGGAUGCUAAUAAAUCUCUGCCUUCUGCUGCCUUGUAUGGGAUUCCCGAGAUCAGCAGCACUGGCAAGAGGCAGGAAGUCCAAGGGCGCCCUGGAGAGGCAACUGGCAUGAAUUCAGCGCUGGGUCAAAGUGUGAGCAGCGGCGGCGUCAGCAACCCAAACGGCAAUAGUACCGGCACCGGCACCUCCGCGGCCACCGCGGGGGCGGCCUCCUGUGGGAAAAGCAAAGAGGAGAAGGCAGGUAAAAGCCAGAGCAGCCGAGGUGCCAAGCGGGAUAAGGAUGCGGGGAAAUCCAGGAAGGACAAGCACGACCUGCUUCAGGGCCACCAGAAUGGCAGUGGCGGCCAGGCCCCUUCCGGGGGGCACCUCUAUGGCUUUGGGGCCAAGAGCAAUGGAGGUGGCGCGAGCCCCUUCCACUGCGGGGGCGCUGGGAGUGGCAGCGGCGCGGCUGCAGGGGAAGUUAGCAAAAGUGCCCCGGAUUCAGGGCUCAUGGGAAACUCUAUGUUGUUAAAGAAGGAAGAGGAGGAGGAGGAGAGCCACAGGCGAAUCAAGAAACUGAAAACCGAGAAGGUUGACCCCCUGUUUACAGUGCCAGCACCACCACCGCCGAUUUCCAGCAGCCUCACGCCUCAGAUUCUGCCCUCCUACUUUUCCCCAUCUUCAUCCAAUAUUGCAGCACCGGUUGAACAGCUUUUGGUUCGGACUCGUUCCGUGGGUGUCAAUACAUGUGAAGUUGGAGUAGUGACAGAGCCAGAGUGUCUUGGGCCCUGUGAACCUGGGACCAGUGUGAAUUUGGAAGGGAUCGUGUGGCAUGAAACAGAAGAAGGUGUUCUAGUGGUCAAUGUCACGUGGAGGAACAAAACUUACGUAGGGACCCUCCUGGACUGCACCAAGCACGACUGGGCCCCUCCGAGGUUCUGCGAGUCACCGACAAGCGACCUGGAGAUGAGAGGGGGCCGGGGCCGAGGGAAGAGAGCGAGGUCUGCCGCGGCGGCUCCGGGCUCAGAGGCCAGCUUCACGGAGUCCAGAGGGCUGCAGAACAAGAACAGAGGGGGGGCCAAUGGGAAAGGGAGGCGGGGCAGCCUCAACGCCAGCGGGCGAAGGACACCCCCAAAUUGUGCUGCUGAGGACAUCAAAGCCAGCCCCUCCUCCACCAACAAGAGGAAAAACAAGCCCCCGAUGGAGCUGGACCUGAAUUCCAGCUCCGAGGACAAUAAGCCGGGGAAGCGCGUCCGCACCAACUCCAGAAGCACUCCGACCACUCCUCAAGGGAAACCAGAGGCGACUUUUUUGGACCAGGGCUGCUCCUCGCCAGUGUUGAUCGACUGCCCCCACCCAAACUGCAACAAAAAGUACAAGCACAUUAACGGCCUGAGGUACCACCAGGCCCACGCGCACCUAGACCCGGAGAACAAGCUGGAGUUCGAGCCCGACAGCGAGGACAAGAUCUCGGACUGCGAGGAGGCGCUGAGUCACGUGGCGCUCGAAUGCAGCGAGCCCAGCGCCAGUCUGGCGGCCUACGAGCAGGUGAAGGCGCCGGUGUCGCCCGGCCCCGGGCACCCCCCUGGCACCCCCAAGGGGAAGAGAGAGCUGAUGAGCAACGGUCCGGGCUCUGUCGUCGGGUCGAAAGCGGGGAAGAGUUCUGGCAAGAAGAAGGGCCUUCACGGCGAGCUGAACAACCUCCCGGUCAUCUCCAACAUGACGGCCACCCUAGACGCUUGCUCCGCGGCAGAUGGCAGCUUGGCUUCCGAGAUGCCCAAACUGGAAGCAGAAGGGCUCAUCGACAAGAAGAACGCGGGAGAGAAAGAAAAGGGCAAGAAAGCCAACAACUGCAAAAUGGACAAGAACCUCUCCAAACUGAAAACCGCGCGGCCCAUCGCCCCCGCCCCGGCCCCCACCCCGCCGCAGCUCAUCGCCAUACCCACCGCGGCCUUCACGAGCACCACCACGGGGACCAUCCCCGGACUGCCCUCCCUCACGACCACCGUGGUGCAGGCCACACCAAAGAGUCCUCCGUUGAAACCCAUCCAGCCAAAGCCCACCAUCAUGGGGGAGCCCAUCACCGUGAACCCAGCUCUCGUGUCCCUCAAAGACAAAAAGAAGAAGGAGAAGCGGAAGCUUAAGGACAAAGAAGGGAAGGAGUCGGGGAGCCCGAAAAUGGAUGCCAAGCUGGGCAAACUUGAGGACGCCAAGGGGGCCGGCAAAGACUUACCGGGGCAUUUUUUAAAGGACCAUCUCAACAAGAGUGAAGGGCUGGCCAACGGACUCUCAGAGUCUCAGGAGAGCCGGAUGGCCAGCAUCAAAGCCGAGGCCGACAAGGUUUACACUUUCACGGACAACGCGCCCAGCCCUUCCAUAGGCAGCGCCUCGAGGAUGGAGUGCAACCCGCUGGUGAACGGGCAGGCGCCCAUGGCCCCGCUGCACGUGCUGACGCAGAACGGGGCCGAGACCGCGGCCAAGACCAGCAGCCCCGCCUAUUCGGACAUCUCGGACGCCGCCGACGACGGUGGGUCCGACAGCCGGUCGGAGGGCGUGAGGUCCAAGGCCGGUUCCCCGUCGGACAUCAUUUCCAGUAAGGAGGGCGUCGUCAAAGGGCAUCCUGCAGCUACAGCACAGUCCUCUCAGCUGAAAGAGUCCCAUUCUCCCUAUUACCAUGGCUACGAUCCUUACUAUUCUCCAAGUUACAUGCACCCUGGGCAGGUGGGAGCCCCUGCGGCCGGGAACGGCGGGAGCACGCAGGCGAUGAAGAUCAAGAAGGAGUCCGAGGAGGAGGCCGAAAGGAAAGACAAGGCAGAGCAGCUGGAUGCCAAGAAAGCGGACCACAACCCGGCACCCUUACAGCCUCAGCACCAGUCGGUGAUCACGCAGAGACACCCAGCGCUGGCGCAGUCGCUUUACUACGGCCAGUACGCCUACGGGCUCUAUAUGGACCAGAAGUCCCUGAUGGCCACCAGCCCUGCCUACAGACAGCAGUAUGAGAAGUACUAUGAGGACCAGAGGCUGGCAGAGCAGAAAAUGGCCCAAGCUGGCCGAGGAGAGUGCGACAGGAAAAGCGAGCUCCCCUUGAAGGAGCUGGGCAAGGAGGACAGUAAACAGAAAAGCCUGCCGUCUGCCACAAUCUCAAAAGCUCCCUCUACCCCAGAGCCUAACAAAACCCAUUCUAAACUAGGGCCGCCAGUGCCUAAUAAAACUGAGGACACAGGUAAAUCACAGCUUCUCCCCGGCCACCAGCAGCAGCUUCAGGCCGACAGCUUCAAAGCUAAGCAGAUGGAAAACCACCAGCUUAUUAAGGAGGCUGUAGAAAUGAAAUCUGUCAUGGACUCUAUGAAGCAGACAGGUGUAGACCCAGCCUCGAGAUUUAAACAAGAUCCAGAUUCAAGGACCUGGCAUCAUUAUGUAUACCAGCCCAAAUACCUGGAUCAGCAAAAGUCAGAAGAGCUUGAGAGGGAAAAGAAAUUAAAAGAAGAUAGUCCCAGGAAGACUCCCACUAAAGACAGUGGUGUGUCCAGCCUCCCCGUGUCAUUAACGAGCAUUAAGGAGGAGCCCAAAGAGGCCAAGCGCCCGGAUUCUCAGUCCACGGAGGAGAACAAGCUCAAGAGUGAUGAUCGGAAGACGCCUGUGAACUGGAAGGACUCUCGGGGAACGAGAGUGGCAGUUUCCUCGCCUCUGAGUCAGCAUCAGCCCUACAUACAGUACUUGCAUGCUUAUCCUUACCCACAGAUGUAUGACCCCAGCCACCCUGCAUACCGGGCUGUUUCUCCUGUCCUAAUGCACAGUUACCCUGGGGCCUAUCUCUCUCCAGGCUUUCAUUAUCCUGUUUAUGGGAAGAUGUCAGGGAGAGAAGAGGCAGAGAAAGUCAAUACCAGCCCUAGCAUCAACACGAAAACAACAUCGGAAUCAAAAGCGCUGGACUUGCUCCAGCAGCACGCCAACCAGUACCAUAGCAAGUCUCCUGCCCCCGUGGAAAAGGCGACAGCAGAGCGGGAGCGGGAGGCAGAACGGGAGAGGGACCGCCACUCGCCGUUCAGCCAGCGGCACCUGCACACGCACCACCACACCCACGUGGGCAUGGGUUACCCACUCAUCCCUGGUCAAUAUGACCCUUUCCAAGGCUUGACCUCCGCCGCCCUCGUUGCCUCUCAGCAGGUGGCUGCCCAGGCAUCUGCAUCAGGAAUGUUUCCUGCACAAAGAAGAGAAUAACAAGAUUGGAAAUGUACGUUGUCAUGUGACUGGAUCACAUGGGGAAGCGCUUUUAUACAGACAUCAGUUCCAUGGUGUUAAUUUGAAAUGCCUUUAAUGGCAGGCAAGAACCAGUCAUUUCAUUUUUGUAAAUUACAGAUUUUAUCACAGAGUAACAAAUGUUGCUGUAAUUAAGCUUCUGUUUUAUAUAUAUAUACGUAUACAUAUAUGUGUAUAUACAUAUAUAUAUAUAUAUAUAUUCUUUACUUUUUGUAUCAGUAACCAGGCUCGCACACACAGGGUCUGCUAUCCCGUUGCAAACCACUCAGUAAAGGAAGUAAAAAAAUGUAUCUGUCAUGUUGAAAAGCGUUAGCCACAAAAGGUUGCCUACUUUCUUUUCCUUUUCCUUUUCGAUUGUAAAUAAAUGACGUAUCCGUGUGCCUGAACCUUGCAUAUCCUUCAUAGAUCCCCCCCCCCCUCGCCCCCUGCUCCCCGCCCCCGCAAGGCCCUCAGAAAGGCUGGCUGUGAUGAUGACGCUUGGGUACAAUUUAGAUGUCUAUUUGGUGGCUCCCGUUAAAGACACAUCCGUGUAAAAUGUUCCUGUAGUCACUGUUUGUACUUGUGUGUUGUGGAAAAAAAAUGACUUUUGGAAGGCAUGGGGUUGCCAAUACCACAAAAACUGUGUUGUAGAUAAUGUAAAGAUUAAAAAUGGGGAAAUAAUGAGCAUCUGUGAAUAAUGAGGUGUCAUUUUUUGAUAAUCUUGAGUGGCAAAUAACCCAAUAGCCUGCGUACCAGAGACAUCUGUGAUUGUUCUAUUACUUGAAUAGUCUUACAGUCCCCACCCCCCACCGCCAACUUUUUUUUUUUUUUUUUAAUGUUUACAAUUAUCCAGUUUUAGAAGAGAGAGACUUUAACGCCAUUGCCUGGUUACUUGUUUUAUGCUGUAAUCUAGUUUAUUUUAUGUAAAAUGUAUAUUGAAUGCUUUCCUUUUUUAUACCUGCCUUAAAUAAUUUGGCAAUCAGAAUUAAAAAGGUUUUUUUUUUUAUAA